AUGGACCCGCAACUUACCUUGACCAAUGUUCCUGAUUCAUUUUUGGCUAAUUUCAUAAGAACUAAGCGAAAUGCUACAGAUGAAGAGAUUAUUACAGCAUAUAAAAAGCAACAAGCCGAACCUUCUUCUGCAGAGUCAACCGACACUCGACUUGCGAAUGUAAUACAAGCGUUUGAAGCACCCUAUAAGGAUCCCAACUCUUUGCUACAACACCUUCUUGAUUGUUUCGAUGAGUACGUUGGGAACUGGAAUAGCCAAGGCACUAGCAAAUGGUAUUCCCCCUAUACUACCCUCGUUCAGGCUAGCGGCUGGGGAAAGUCGCGAGCUAUACGCCAGUUGGCUGCAAAAGACGUUUACCUAUUUUAUUGCAGCUUUCAGAAGGGAAGUGGUUAUCCAUAUCGUUCAUCAAUUGCAGAUGAUUUGGACGAAGUUAAGUUGGAGGAAGCAGUGAUGACGUAUGUUGCAUACUUUACGGCAUGCCUUGAGGAACUUGCAGACUCAUCGAAAACUCCCGAAGAAUGGGCAAAGGAACAUAUAAAAACAGACGAAACACAAUCAGAAGAAAAAGGCUUCUGGGAGCGUAUCAGAAUCCGCUUAGAACAGACGAAGACAAGCUUAGGACGAGAGAAAGACAAAGAUAUCAGCUUUUCCAAUGCACUUGAAAAUGCCUUUGACAAACUUAAUGAAUCUUCUAGUAUGCAGCAAUACUUAAGAGACCGAAGAAAUACGCACAUGAACGUUUUGUUUGUGUUCGAUGAGGCACGUUCUCUACUAGAUAUCAAAUAUCCCGCAAAAACCAGCCGCUUUCUUGAGUUGAGACGUGCCCUCUGGUAUUUGCCUCAAAGUUGUGGUGCCUUUGCGGUAAUUCUUGAUACUACUUCAAGGCUUUCCAAUUUCCAACCAGCAUCCUUGGAUGAUCCCUCCCAACGUGUCAAGUCUGAAAACCAUGACCUAUUCGAUCCACUAUAUUUACUCAGUACCACUGAUGUAAUGUCCAUGCAGACCGUCGAAGGUGCAACGUUACAUGAUAUCAUCAACCCCAAAUUGUUAUACAGAUAUGGUCGACCAAUGUGGGGCGCGCAACUUGAUGCAGUGUCUGAGGAUAAACUGACUACGCAGCUUGGCAAUUUGGUUAAGGUGGCGAUGGAAAAGUUGGUUGGUGGUGGUGGUAAGCUCGCAAAACUAGAUAAGCAAAGCCUGGAUGAAAAACUUGCGGUCGCGAUUCUGGGACCACGUAUUGGGCUUGAUGUGGCACCACAAUGUCAUCUUGCCUCCGAACUGGUUGCCAGCCACAUGCGCGCUUGUGCAUUUGUCUCAUUGGAUCGGCGCUCUCUUAUCACAAUGUUUCCUGUAGAACCGAUAUUGGCGGAAGCAUCAGCUCAGAUCAUUCAUGUCUACAACAUAUCCCUAGUCUCAUUACUUGAAAAGCUUAUUUCAGCUAUACGAAACGGUUGGAUUGAGGGAGGAUAUCGUGGAGAAUUGGUGGCACGUCUCGUACUUAUGCUAGCUAUGGAAACUUGCAUCAAGAAAACAAUAAGCGAAAGACCUAAACACAAUCAAUUUUCUCAUCCUGUUCUUGUCAAUGAUUUCAUGGAAGCUUUGUUUGGUGUGAGACUGGAUGACUGGUUUAAGAGUAAGUACAAUGAUGAGGAUGAAGAAUUAAAAAAAUUCAAGCCUCGAUGUGUUGGACAACUUGUUCGUGGAAUGAUAUUCUUUACCUCUUUCAUAUCCAUUACGUAUACACCAACUUCCAAUGAUAUGCUGGAAUUUCUGACGAGGGGGGUUGCAAUUAUUUGUAAAAGAAAUCAGAAAGGGAUAGACUUUAUUAUACCUAUUCUCUUGCCGAAAGAUGGCAAUUAUUAUCCUCUGGAGGUUGGACAGAUUACAUAUUUGUUAGUUCAAGUGAAGAAUUGGAAAGUUUCAGGUAACUUUUCAGAAGCAGCAACAGUAUGCUUAUCCACACACUAUGCGGGAAUUGAUGAUGCAGCACGAAACCCAUAUAUUUCUUUAUACAUGCAACUUGGGUCAAAGGAUAAUGGUUUGCAAUUGGCGCAAGAACCUACAAACGUUCUCACUACAACGCAGCGGAAAGCGCAAACACAAAUUUGUAAUGGGAAACCGUUUAAAGGAAAGUUGAAUGAUCCAAUGAUAUGGGUAAUGCGUCGUUGCCUACAAAUUCCAUUGGUUGCUCUCGGGUUGAGCCAACAAGUGUAUGCGUGCCUUCAGUCAACACCUGAUGAUGGAAAUGAGUCGCGAAAACUAUUAGGACUCUUACAAAAGUUACUGCUUGCAUGGCCAGAUCCUGCUGAAUUGCAUAUUUCACCAAAGAAACGUAUGCAUAUGAAACGAAUGUAUCCUGUAAUUUAUGCUGAGAUGACCAUGAAUGAUUCAUCAGAACAAGGGGACUGUUCAUCUAGUAAGCGCCAAGGCAAACGUAGAAUGCAUGGAAAUUAA